AUGGCAAACAACCAACCGGAAUCUACCUCAUCCGAGGGAUUGUGCAUACUCGAUGACACUGGAAACAAUCUCAGACACGUGUCGGGAGAAGAGCUCAACCGAACCGCGACGGAAAUUACUGAUGACUUUGUGCCCAUUGAGCCAUCCGCAGAGGAUAUCAGAAAAUACCUUUCCACCCUGACUUCUGCCCAAAAGAAGAUGCAAGACGAGCUCCGCGACUUGGACUGGAAUGACGCUGCAAUUCACAACAUUCUCACCAUCCUUGAAGACGCACAACGACACAACCGCGCGAGACUUCGCCAGAAGGGACUCGCCGAAGCCGAAAUUCAAAGGCUCGAUGCGCUCGCCAACGAAAACGUGAUGGAUUUCUCCCAUCUCAGACGUGGACUUGCGGUCGCAGGCGAGGAGGAUUAUCAACUGCAGCUGUACUUGCUCGAAGAGGUCAAAAGAAGACGUGUUGCGAUGCUGGAGGAAGAAGGCGAGUAG